UCCAAGAGCCACUUCCUGUGUCAGAUUCUCGGCUGGUUCCUGGUUGGAGGUGCUGGGACGGUUUUUGACCUCUCGCCCUCUGGCACGCGAAGUUUUUUUUUCGGUCUUGGGUAAAGGAGCAGAGGUCCAACAGAGGCUGCGUACGCCAGGGCUGCUGUGAGGGGGCAAAAUGUGCUGCGAGAAGUGGAGCCACGUGGCCGAAAUGUUUCUCUUCUUUGAAGACCGGGAGAAGGAUUACAAAAUCCAUUGCCUCUGCACCAGGGCAUUUGUGGAGGAUCGAAAAUUGUGCAAUUUGGGACUGAAAGGCUACUAUAUCAGAGGCAGUAGCAACAACGCAGGUGACCAGGCUACAGAAGAAGAGGAAGAUGACUAUUCCCAUUGCACUGCAGAGUCUUUUGAAAACAAAGGCAUAGACCUUGAUGAAAGUGAACUUGAUUCUGAGGCUGAACUCAUGAGAAGUAUGGGAUUGCCACUUCAGUUUGGUAGGGUAUCUGAACAUAACAAUUUUGAGGUAUCUAUGAAUGCUAGAAAUAAAGUUAAAGUGAAAAAGAAAAAGACAAAACAUCAAAAGAAGUACUUAGAUGAAAUAAUGCAAGAAUCUUGGCGAAAAGAAUAUGAAGAAGAUGACCUUUUGCUUUCAGAUGAUCCAUCUUCAGUUGAACAGUAUGAGAAUAUCAGAACAUGUGAACUUCAAAGCAAGAAGGACAUUAAGGCAGAAAAUCUUCUUGUUGAAAAUACACUAUCUCCAAAUCUAGAAAUUACAGAGAUAUGGGAAAAGUAUUGGAAUAAAUAUGGAGAAGGACUAUUAUGGCAAAGCUGGCAGGAAAAACAUCCAGAUCAAACACUAUCUUCUGAACCUUGGAACUUUCCUGAUACAAAGGAAGAGUGGGAGCAACAUUAUAGCCAACUUUAUUGGUAUUAUUUGAAACAAUUCCAGUAUUGGGAAGCUCAGGGAUGGACUUUUGAUGCCUCACAAAGCUGUGAUACAGAUACUUGUACAGCUAAAACAGAAGUUGACAAUAAGAAAAAUGAAAGUAGUGCAAAAAUUGACUUAACAUCUUUUCCAUCUUUACCUGAUGAUACAGUUGAUAAAGAAAGCUCUGGUUCAAGUGAUCAUAAUGAAAUACUUGAUGGAAUUAAUAAUAUAACUCUGAGUUCAGAGGAAGUAGAACAAAGCCAAUUAGAUUCUGUAAGUUGUAAUGGGCAGCUAAGUGAAGUUUACAGUGGGAAAGUGUGCCCUGCUUCUGGCCAAAAUGAACCAUGUAAUGGAAGAACCAAGGCAAGCAACUUAUCUGGAAAUAGAAGUACAGACGAACCAGCUCAAGAGUCACAGGAGUCUUCAGGAGGAAACACGAGCAAAGGUAAACUGAACACCAACCAGACUGAUGGAGAUGAGAGUGAAGAAGAUCCACCUGAGCAUAAGCCCAGCAAGCUCAAGAGGAGCCAUGAACUGGACAUCGAUGAAAAUUUGGAUUCAGAACUCGAUGACAAUGGUUCCCUUCUAGGAUUCAAGCAUGGCUCAGGACAAAAAUAUGGUGGAAUUCAACAUUUCAGUCAUCGCCAGAUCAGGUGUCUAGAGAAGAAUAUGAAACAUAAGUCAAAAUAUCUGGACAUGCGCAGACAAAUGAAGAUGAAAAACAAACAUAUCUUCUUCACUGAAGAAUCAGAAAAAACAGUUUUUAAGAAGAGCAAAGCUCUGAGUAAAGUAUGUAUGAAUUUUGUUUUAUACUACGAUAAAAGGAUUAUAUUUUGUGAGCAUGACUGUUUAAAAUUGUUGUAUUCAAAUGGGAAGCUUAAGGUACCUAAAAUUCUUUUCCACUUGCUUCCUGAAAGGGUAUAUAUUGUGUAAACUAGAUCUUAAAAAUCAGUGAGGCAAUUUGAAAAGGGGGUGUUGGAAAGUGAUAGAGUAGUGAUGUCUAGGAAGCUAAGUAAGUCAAAUUGCCUUACCUGUGUAGUAACAAGCAAGCGUGAAGAGAAUUUCUCAUCUGUUUCAGGCUAAGUAGUAUCCUGAUAAUCCAAAUUCUGAUGCAUCCUUUACUGUAAACCUUAAUUGUGAGCCUAUCCAUUGGUAAUAGAUCAUACUUUGAAAUAACAGUCUCAUCCCAAUAGCAUGAAAUAUAAGGCUAGUUUAUUGAUUCACAUCGUAAUCUGAAAUAUUCAUAUCCCCUAUCUUUGCUAUACCUGCCAUCCAAGUACUUGGGAAACAAAAGUAAUCACAACAUUGCUUGGUUUGAUGAGUUAGCCUUCUAUCUUGUAGAAAAGGAAAGGGAUCAAGAGAUGGCUGGCAAGGGAAGGGAGCUAAGGGAAGGUGGUGAAAAAAG